AUGACAAUUUGGAUACUAUCCUUAGCAGCCUUCUUGGUAAUAGCAGCUGGUAGCAGUUCUUCAUCUGAAGAUGAUAAAUUUCAGGAUGUUUUCGAUCAAGGAAUGAAAUAUCUUAAGAGUGAAAAGUAUGGUAAAGCAGUAAAAAGUUUUAAGAAAGCGUUAAAAAUUAAUUCGAAAGAUGCCGACGCCUUAAAUCAACUCGCUUAUUCACAAAGAAAAAAUGGGCAGAUUGACGAGGCAAUAGCCAACUACCAUAAGGCUUUGAAAAUUAGACCUCAAUUUCCUCAAGCAAGAGAAUACUUAGGAGAAGCUUAUUUGCAAGCGGCCUUAGCAGAACUUGAGCAAUUAAAAAAAUAUGGCUCAAAAGCAAAACAUGAAUAUGACGAUUUGAAAGAAGCCAUUCUCGAUCUUCCUUCACAGAUAAAAUAA